AUGAAUGGAAGGUCAUGCAGCAUGAGUCUCCACCGGACAUCAGGAACCCCACAGGGGCCCGGGAUGGUCAGUGGCCAAUACAUUCCUCCCAUCCGAGCCCACUCUGGGACUCCUGGCCCCUCGUCCUGUGGCAGCACAGCGAGCCCUGCCAUCGGAAGCCUUGCUAACAGCCUUCAUCUCAAGAUGCCCUCGGGAGGAGGGAUGGCUCCUCAGAGCAACGUGGCCGAGAGCCCCCUCCAUCUGCCCGCCUUGAGCCCCAGGAGACAAGUGCUCACCAAUGGGAAGCCACGAUUCCAGGUCACCCAGGCUGGAGGCAUGUCAGGGCCACACAAUUUAAAGCCAAAGCAGCAGGAGUUUGGAAGUCCUUUUCCUCCAAAUCCUGGGAAAGGGGCUCUUGGCUUUGGGCCUCAGUGCAAGUCCAUUGGAAAAGGCAGCUGCAACAAUCUAGUGGUCACCAGCAGUCCCAUGAUGGUUCAGCGACUGGGACCCAAUUCACCUCCAGCAAGCCAGGUCUCUACAGCAUGCAACCAGAUCAGUCCUAGCUUACAGAGGGCAAUGAAUGCUGCCAACCUGAAUAUACCUCCUUCAGAUACCAGGUCCCUUAUUUCCCGCGAGUCUUUGGCGUCCACGACUUUGAGUCUCACAGAGAGUCAGUCAGCCUUGAGCGUGAAACAAGAGUGGUCUCAUGGCUACAGGGCUCUCCCGUCACUCUCCUCCAGCCACAGCUCCCAGAACGGCACUGAUCUAGGGGACCUCCUUAGCCUUCCUCCCGGGACAGCCGUGUCCGGCAAUAGCGUCUCUAACUCACUGCCGUCCUACCUUUUCAGCAUGGAGAACAGCCACUCCCCUUACCCCAGUCCCCGGCACUCAUCGGCCAGGCCCCACUCGGCCCGCUCCAAGAAGAGAGCGCUGUCCUUGUCUCCGCUGUCUGACGGCAUUGGGAUAGACUUCAAUACCAUCAUCCGCACCUCGCCCACCUCACUGGUCGCCUACAUCAACGGGUCGAGGGCCUCCCCGGCCACCAUGUCCCCGCAGCCUGAGGUCUACGGGCAUUUCCUGGGGGUGCGUGGCAGCUGCAUUCCCCAGCCGUGCUCGGUGCCGAGCAGCCAGAAGGGCGUGCGGGUGGCCAACGGUGGCCUGGUGCUCCCGGCCUAUGGCGAGGGCGGCGUGCUGGAGUGUGAGCGCAUGCAGCAGCUGGAGCACGGAGGCCUCCAGCCAGGGCUGGUCCACAACAUGGUGGUACAGCAUGGUCUGCCCAACCACGACGGCCAGCCAGGCGGCCUGCUGAAGACGGAGCGCCUCGAUGAUUUCCCGGGUGGUGCCCUGGACCUGCCCCCUGCGCCCCCUCUGCCCCCUCUGCCACCACCCCCGCAGGGCCCCCCACCCCCCUACCACUCCCACCCCCAUCUGCACCACCAGGAGCUAGUGGCCCGGGCCCAGCCGCUGGCCCUUCCCCAGGAGGCCCUGGAGGAGGACGGGGAGAUGGAGGACGUUGGGGGCAAACACUGCUGUCGCUGGAUCGACUGCAGCGCCCUGUAUGACCAGCAGGAGGAACUUGUGCGGCACAUCGAGAAGGUUCACAUAGACCAGCGCAAAGGGGAAGACUUCACUUGCUUCUGGGCCGGCUGUCCUCGAAGGUACAAGCCAUUCAACGCCCGGUAUAAACUGCUCAUCCACAUGCGAGUCCACUCCGGGGAGAAGCCCAACAAGUGCACGUUUGAAGGUUGCAAGAAGGCCUUUUCCAGGCUUGAGAAUCUCAAGAUUCACUUGCGGAGCCACACGGGUGAAAAGCCGUACCUGUGCCAGCAUCCGGGCUGUCAGAAGGCAUUCAGUAACUCCAGCGACCGCGCCAAGCACCAGAGGACACAUCUGGACACUAAACCUUAUGCUUGUCAAAUUCCAGGAUGCACCAAACGCUACACAGACCCAAGUUCCCUACGAAAGCAUGUGAAGGCACAUUCUUCCAAAGAUCAACAAGCAAGGAAAAAGUUGCGGUCCAGCGCAGAGCUCCAUCCUGACCUGCUCACGGACUGCCUCACAGUGCAGCCCCUGCAGUCGGCCACCUCCCCACACGCUGCUGCUGCUGAUGGGGCGGUGGGAUGCUCCCCCGGGCCUGGGCCUGACCUCUAUCCAGCCUCCAUCUUCGGCAACAGUCAUUCAAGCCGAAGCGGAACAGCUGCUGGGCCCAUGCCAGCCCCGCAUGCCGUCGGCCACCCUUCCCCGGGCCAGAGUGUGCAGGGGAGCCCCCACAACCCUGCCUCCCAGUUACCUCCGCUCGCAGCUGUGGACGCGGGAGCCGAGAGGUUUGCACCUUCUGCCCCGUCUCCUCACCACAUCAGCCCCCGGAGAGUUCCAGCUCCUUCUUCAGUAAUGCCGAGAACGCAGCCUCCCCACACACAGCAGCCAGCAGGUGGGCCACACCUGAAGUCUUACCAGCCGGAAACAAACUCUUCCUUUCAACCAAGUGGGAUCCACGUCCAUGGAUUUUACGGGCAGCUACAGACAUUCCGCCCCCCCCAGUAUCCCGACUCCCAGAGAGCCGUGCUGCCCAGCAGCCCCUGCAGCGGGGCACCUUCCUUCGAGGACUGCCUGGCCCCCACGCCCAUGGGGCAGGCCGGCUUUGAUGUGUUCCACAGAGCCUUCUCCGCUCACUCGGGCAUUGCAGUGUAUGAUUUGCCUUCAGGGUCUUCGAGCCUCUUCGGGGAGUCUUUUCGCAGCGGACCUGAGGACGCCACGUUUCUGCAGAUCAGCGCCGUGGACCGCUGUCCUAGCCAGCUCUCCUCUGUUUAUACUGAAGGCUAA